CCUCUUCCAGCCUUUGUACAAGGUUAAACAGUGGCAUGGAUUCUGUCCCGAAUGCCAAGGUGUAUCUUCUGUACUGUAAGGGAGAUGAGUUUGUUUUUAUCCCCACUGUCUAAUCAGACUGUCCCUAGUGCUCCAUUGACUUACACUCUUCUAUUUCUGGAAACAUGUCAUUUACCCUGCAACAAUGAAAAUAUAAAAACACAAAAGCCUCCGCUGUUGGCUUGAAAUCGACUUAAACCUGUACAUAAGCAUUUAAGCCUAUUCUGAGAACAACAGAACCUUCCAGCUUGAGACUGUGCGUAAACAUUUCUUUUAUCAGUCUCAGCUUUAGCAUUGCCAUUAGGGACAUUCCUUUCCACUUGCAAAUAAAUACUAACAUGCCCCACUCAAACCCUGUUGUAUAUUAAUUUCUCCCUCGCCAAACCUGUUCCUUCCUCGCCUGCUCUAAGUGGAAUGUAUCAGAUCCUUCCAUAAGUCUCACAUCUCAUUAAUUUCUCAACUUGCCUUUCCUGUUUUUCACCAACCAAUCCUCUGGCUCGUGUCAUGGCAAGUUUUUUUUCUUCUUCUUAUAAGCAACUACGGUAUUAAGGAACUGUUUCAUUAGAAAGCCUUUUUCUUCUUCCGACAAGCAGGAAGCAGUGGGUCAUAUAUACCACAGGCAGGCCGUGUUAUUGCCAUUUGGAUGUGAAAAUAGGGAUCUCUCUCUUACUGCACUGCCCACAACAAGGGAGCAACUUUUAAACCAUGGCCGCACUUGGUGAUAUGUUGGUUCUAGUGGACUUUAAGGGACAGCUUGAUGAUGAGUUAAAAAUAAAAACUGGAGAUGUCAUACAGAAUGUGAAGAAAACAGCAGAAGAAGGCUGGCUAGAAGGAGAGCUCGAUGGGAAGAGGGGCUUCUUCCCCCAAAUGUUUGUGAAGGAAAUCCCACCAUUCUUCCUAAACGACAAUGCACAGAGGUACCCAAGGUCGAUCAGGAAACCUAACGCAUCCAUUGUACCUAAGAAUCCCCAGGAGGAGCACCCAGACAAACAAGCACCCACUGAUGAUGGUUAUGCUCGGGUCAAUAAAAAGAAACGUCGGUGCAGAGUGGAGUUUACCUACAAAUCAAGCAAUGCUGAUGAGCUGGAGCUCUCUGUAGGGGAGGUUUUUGAAGUAUUAGAAGAGAUUGAAGAUGGCUGGUGGUUAGGCAAGAAAGGAGAUGUGGUUGGUGCUUUUCCAUCUAACUUUGUGAAAGAAAUCCCAGAGCCUACUUCUGAUAAAUUACCAGCGUUUUCAAAAAAUGCCAAAAUGAGGCCAGCCAUGAUGGACAUUAACUUCUCAGCCAAAGAAGAAGGGAAGUCCAAGCAAGAUGAUAAACGAGAACCAGAGAACCAAAGCAAAGUAGACUCUUCAGUUCCUCAUGCGAAAGAGUUUUGCAGGGUCAUGUUUGACUAUAAACCUUUUCUGCCGGAUGAACUUGCAUUAAAAAAGGGUGAUGUGAUACAGCUUAUCAGCAAGGAUACAGGAGAUGAAGGUUGGUGGCGAGGAGAACUUAACGGGAAAACUGGGCUGUUUCCAGACAACUUUGUCAUACUAAUUGCCCCAGAUAUGCAAAUUAAAACCAACAAACUUCCAACUCGAGCUUCAACUAUAAAGGGCUCAGUGACUAAAUCAGACCUAAAUAUCAUGGAUAAAAAGCCCCAAGAAGUUAACAAGUCUGCUGCAGAAGUCAACAAGCAUGAGCCCACAGCAACCAAGGGCCAGAAAGUGCAACGUGAACCAAAGACUGACCAUACUCCCAAAGCGAACAACCAACCAGCAAAGAAGUCAGCUCCUCCCCCUCCAGUGCCAAACAAGGUCAAACAUAAUGCUGCUAGUCCUUCCAACAAACCCAGCACUGAAACAAGAGAAGAGGUGAAGCAAAAUUCCAAGGGGUCAAAUACUUUAGAUGGACUCAGGGUGUCCUCCAUGAAGCUGGCACAUCCUACUGUAGACAGACCAAAAAUGAUGGGCAAAAGACUUCCUAAGGGAAAGGUGACAUCUUCUGAAAAGCCUAUAGCAGAAUCAGAUGAUAAAAAGGAUGAAGAGAAGGUGAAUUCUCACAGCAAAGUAUCCUCAUCUGCAAAGGAUCCAAGGAUCCCCACUACCCCUAGCCCAGCACCCUCACCAACUAAGACAAGCCCUCUGUCUCCCUUAGCUGCCUCAACUGAGAAGCAAAGCCAGAAGACUGCUGGAAAUCACAUCUCCUUUGUGGAUAAUUCAAAAGUAGAAGACCUUGCAGCAGAGAUUGCAUCACUCAAGUUCAUGAUGGAUAUCUUGAGAAACAAACAUACAAAAGAUAUGGAAGAUAUAAGAUCAGAGAUGAAUGAAGAGAGAGCCAAGCGAAUAGCAAUCCAGAUGGAGGUUGAGCACCUGAAGAAUCUGUCUUCGGCAUAAAUCAUUGAUGGUUUCAAAAUGUUCCUGUCCCCUGAGCAUAUAUAACUCCUAGACACUGGUCCAGUAUCAAUACGGAUCCAGAUUUGGAAGGAAAAUGAGCCCAGUGGUGAUUCAAUGUACAGAACUACCCAGUUUUAUAUUGAGAUUUUAUUUAUGUUCUGAAGAAACACAGAAGAUGAGUCUUUAACCAAAUUGGCUGCCUCUUUUGGAAUCUUCGUAAAGUUCUAAUCUUCUCUUAAGCCUCAUUAUUUCCAAUCUUUACCUGCUUGGACAUCUUCUGCACUUCAUAAUUUUUUAGAACACAUUUUUUUUUGUGUGUCUUGAAUUAAGAUUUUCAUUUAUAUGUACUUGCUGAACAGAACAUGUUCAUGUCUGCUCUCAUAUAUAUUUUGGUUCCUAUAUCAGGACUGCAUAUGUUGCACAAUGGGCCUUCAAAACCUCAAUUGAAGGGAUAGUGAAUCAGGUUUUAGCAUAAUUGAAUUCUUCAUCAAAAUAUGCCUAUAUGCAGUUAAGACCAUUUUCCUCAAUGUGACCUCUUUAUAUGUAAACUGGACAUAAGUAACUUCUCCUUUAAGAGCGUGGCGGACUUUAAAACAUUCUUAUGGUCCCUUGGGGCUUGUCAAUCAGAGCUGCAAGGCCGGAAGUUAAAUGCUUGACUGACAGGAAAAAUCCGGCACAAUUAAAUGGUGUUGUGCUUAUAUUAUUCUACUACACAGAGGGUCAGGGUUUACAGCCACCUUACCAAAGUGCCGCUGCUUUCUUUCAUGUUCAGGUAUGUGAUUAUACAAUAACAAAACUCUGCACCUCCACCACACUGCAAAACUCCUCUUUUGCUCUGUGCUGCUCAUUUUUUUUAAUGGUGCUUUUAACUUAUUCUGACUUAUGUGUGGCCAUUUCUGCCUGCAUUCCCUACACAAACAGAACGAUCAGUGCCAGGACUGCUUGCAAGAUUAACCUUUUAACCCCCAGAGCUGGAGUAGGUCGUUAGUGCAGGAAAAGCCAAUCAGGCAGUAAAGGGACACAAAUAUAUAACCUAGUAAAAGGGAAUGAGUUAAAAGCACCUUCUGAAAAAAAAACCCCAAACCUGAGCAGUGCGGGAGAGAAGAUUUCAGAAAGAUGAAGCUUUUAUUUUUUGCAGGAGUGGGUGUGAGAUAAGAGAGGCUGAACGCAGUAGUACUCGCCCCCUACAGGAAGUAGUAUCCUUCUCCAUGAGGAAGGGGAGUGUUUUGUUUUUUUUCAAAACAAUUUAUUUACUAAUUUGUGGGUUUACAUCAGUAAUUUUAUGAUUUUUAGUUUUUAUUGCGAUUUUAGUUAUUUCCAUCAAAGUAAAGAUCUAAGCACAAAGUUAGAGGUGUCACUAUCACUUUAAAUAACAGCCCAUCUAUUAACUUUCUUCCCAGAACUGAACCCUAAAUCUACAAGCAUGAUGUACUAAGUCCUAAGGACAUUAUUUGCUAAUGUUUAUAACCAGCAUAGAUAACCUGAGAAACUCUGCAUCUUGAAUAAAUGUAUAGACCUGUAUGUACCAUCACUGCCCCUUUUGCACAGCUUAGAGCAAGGUAAAGUUAGAAUUAUAAGAAAUUGUUUAUAUUUUUUUAUAUACUUGUUAUACUUGGGACCAGUUCAGUGCCAAACCUCUUCUGGCCUUAAAAAAUACAUAUGGGAAUGUCAAUUAUUUUAGUCAGGUUGAGUUAUCUGUUAAUAUAUGUCUUUUUCUGUUAUACAAUGUUUGUUAAUAAAUUUACAUAUAUUUAUUCUUA